AUGCACCUGCUUGGUAUCAGUUUGUCGUUAGAUCCACAAAUGCAAAAUCCACCAAAAAGUGUCGACGACUUCGUGUCGUACUGCCAGCAAAUUCAACGUCGUCAGGAUAAGGAGAGUCGUCGUGAGAAAGGGGAACCAGUGUCCAGCGACGAAAGCGACCAUGACGAGAAAGGCGACUCGGGAAAAGAGAGCUCGGCGACAUUCAAACAUCCGUUCAGUGUACGAACUGCUGCGCCAUCAGAUGGAAUCAAAAUCAAUAUUGUGAAUGCCACCCCUAUUCCUACAAAAACACCCCAAGAAAGAGUGCUAAAUUCUUCUCAACUGCGACUGGUGUAUCCUGUAUCAUCGGGUGUGGUCCAUAAAGAAAACACUGAUAAAUGGACCCCUGUGGUGAAAGAUGAGCUGAAAACCUGCUCCGACGAACAGAAAAAGUACGUUGCGGUAACUAGCCUGGAAGCUGAGCGAUAUCGAGCCGCAACGAGCUCAUCUGACGACCAUUUGUUACCUCCACCGCCGCCUCCACCAGUUCUUACAGGGCUUGGUGGCCUGCUGCCACCACCACCACCGCCUCCAAAACUCACUGCUCUCGAUAUGUUACUUCCACCCCCACCUCCAUUACCGCAACUGUUGGUUGUACCACCAGAGGAAAAACUAAUCAUAAAGGAGCCCGAGAAUGUGGACGAGGUGGCCCCGAAAGAUCUACCAAAGGUGUUAGCUCAACGGGCAAGCGCACAGUUGAAGUUGAACUCCGAUCCAAAUGAUUUUGAAGCGUUACGUUUGUUAAAAGAGGCAGAUGAGCAGAUGGCAGCUUGGGCGGCCGCUAAAAAUUUGCCUGGCAAGUUUACGGGCUCAACGGGUCUUAAUGUGCUGUCCUCUGACGAGCUUCAACCCGAGGAUCCACGCUAUAACGCGUGGGUAAAGAAGGACAUGUUCAAAAAUACGCGUCCUGCUGUUGGUGGAGUUGGCAUGAAACUGAUGCAGAAAAUGGGCUGGCGGCCUGGUGAAGGCCUAGGCCCAGAUGGUUCGGGUCACUUGGAACCGUUGUUGCUAGAUGUGAAAAACGAUAGAAAGGGCUUGGUUUCACAAGAAGAUACUGCAGGAAAAGUUGUUCCGCUGCCCAAAGGUGAUCAGGUGAUUGUGAAACAUCCAGUAUCAAUGGUUAUGGAGUUGUGUGCUAAAAUGAAAUGGCCGGCUCCAUCAUUUUCGCAUCAAGAAAGUGGUCCAACGAAUAACAGAGAAUUCCGUUGUUCGGUUACUGUGAAUGGUAAAGAAUAUAGCUCGGAUAUUAUUUCGCGCUGUAAGAAGGACGCGAAGUCGGUGGCAUGUCAGAUCGUUCUACAGUCUCUCGGCCUUCUACCUCGUGAUCCAAAAUUACCGGUCGUAAUUUAG